CGUCGUUUGGUAGCUAAAGAGAAGUAUUUUUAAUACGAAAUGAUCGAAGAAGAGAAUAAUCCGAUAGAUUCGAAGAUACAAGACUUUCGAAAAUUGGCGAUAAACGAAUGACGCUUUGUGAGAAACGAGUAAUAUUAAUUUACUCGUUUGAUUCAACUUGAUUAAUAUUCGACUGUAUGAUUAAUCGUAAUAAUAUAUUUUAAAUGUUCAAGAAAAUGACUGAAACGCGUAUUCUAUCACGAAAUAGACUUGCCGCGUGCAAACAUCUAUUAUGUUAUAAAGUUUUCCAGAAAACCCACGAUAAGAUAAAGUAUUUUGAAGAAUAUAAUAAAAAAUAUCUGUAGCUAUUUUAUUGACGAGUAACAUACAUUCGUGUACUCUAAAGAUACAAAUCGAUAAUAAAAAGUUAAUAUCACAUAAAAUUAUGAACACAUUCGCCACUAUAAUGGAUACGAAUAAAUCGUAUUUUGUUCUUCAUACUUGUAUACGAUAUAUUAAAUAAUGCAAUAUACUUUUCAGAUUAGAUUACGAAUAUUCAGGAGCGAAUGUGUUGAAAGAUUAAAAAGUCGGAAAAUCGUAGUUUAGACACGAGUUUUAAUCGAAAAUAAUGACCUAUAUAUUGUAUAUGUAUAACGGGAAGAUAAUAACUAUCAGGAAACGCACGCAACAUAUGCUGUUUACCUUUUAACUUCGUGCAUAAAUUACGUCUGGUAGCAAUUAAAUUUAUGCACGUUUCGGACCAUUUCAAAUUCCUGUCGUGAUUCCAGGAUUUGUCCAAACUCGAUGCAUUACACGUUCGCUUCCGUACUCGCUUUCCGGCAUUUUAAAAUUUUGUUGGUCGAUUAUCGCGUCGCUCAAACGUAAUUUCCACGAUUAGAAGCAAUGAAACUAGGUCGUAAACAGAGGGUGCGUUCUCAUAUAAGUCUAAGGAAUAGCCAAGUGUGCGCUUGUACCCUGAGCACCAUCGGAACAAAUCGCUCUUCGUCCUGCUCCUCGACAAUUCUUCCGAGCCGAUUUAGGCCUCCGCCUUUUCGAUCUUUGGUUCUUUUUCGCGCCUGCUGUUCCACGUGUACCAUGCGGACUCCGGAGUUGUGCGUUUUCACUCUCUGGCUUUGCCUGCGCGUCUCUGUCCACGCAUUUCAGCAUAUUACGUUCAGAGACGCUUAUCCAUUUGCUGACAGUGAAAUGGCAGAAGUAUCGGACAGGGUAAUAUUCCCAGGAACAUUAUGGUGCGGAAAUGGUAACGCAGCAAAUGGAACGAACGAAUUAGGGGCAUGGAAGGAAACGGACGCAUGCUGCCGAACUCACGAUAUGUGUCCCGAUCUAAUCGAGGCUCACGGCUCUAAACACGGAUUAACUAAUCCCGCUGAUUAUACGAGGUUAAGCUGCGAGUGUGACGAAGAGUUCCGCCAUUGUCUUCACAAAUCGGGGGACACUGUUAGUGCCGCGCUUGUCGGGAGAACUUAUUUCACCUUUUUAAGAACGCAAUGCUUCCGAUUGGAUUAUCCUAUCGUUGGAUGCAAAGUCAAAUCCACCAUCUUAAGACGUUGUAAGGAGUACGAGUUCGAUAAAAAUGCUCCGAAGAAGUACCAGUGGUUCGACGUACUUGAGUACUAAGGAAAAUGUAACAAACCUUAAGAACGACAUCGAAUAUCUUCAAAAAUAUUAUAUUGUAACGAUAUUGUACCUAAACUUGUAAUAAAGCUGCAAAUUGGCUGCAUAAAAAUAAAUAUCCCACCCUAUAAAACUUACGACAUGGUGAAAAAGUUGAAUUCCUUUUACGCGCGUACCUCUCGUACGGAGGAAAAGGGUUGUAAAAAAAAGAAUGAAAAUUACAUCGGAACAGAAGAAGAGAGACGAAGCGAGAUGCGAUAUAUUUAAUAAUAAUGCGCUAUAUUUUCAAAGUUAAAUCAUGAAUAUUUCAACUCUGCGUCUAUGAUUCUGGAACUUAUUAAAAAACGCAACAAUAAAGAACAGAAGAAGAUAGUUUAGAUACGAGUUUAAUUAGAAAUAGUAACCUGUAUGUAGCUAUAGAUAACUUGAACCUUCCAUACGCGAAGUGCUUCGCAAAGUUUGCAAGUGCUCGAUCGAGUGGUUGUCUUUCGAUCUCUGAACCAAUGUAGCUCUUCUCGCAGCAUAUUUUCUCUCUGCCAAACAUUUAUCCGCGGUCGUGUUAACCGCAAGCCUGUCCCCGUUCCUAACUCUUAUCCAUUCGUCGUUACCAAUUUAAAUUAUUAUUUGG